CUUCAUCUGACCAGCAGAGGGAGCCGAUGGCCGACUCUGGCACAGAGAGCACAGGUUUGGUGCAGAGGUGUGUGGUCGUGCAGAAGGACCAGCUGGGUUUCGGCUUCACUGUGUGUGGAGAGAGAGUGAAACUGGUGCAGAACGUUCGAGCAGGAGGAGCAGCAGACAAAGCUGGAGUUCAUGAAGGAGACCGAAUCAUAAAGGUGAAUGGGUCGCUGGUCUCCUGCAUGACACACCAGGAGGUGGUGAAGCUCAUUAAGUCUGGGACAUAUGCAGCCCUGACCUUGCAGGGACCGGCACCCUCUCCUCUGAACCCCCUCCCCCGGGACUCAUCGCCCAAUCAGAGCACACACCCCCCUCCCACCCCAGUGCCCCCGCAGUCCGGCCAUGCCUCCUCUCCCUGCAUCACCGGGCCCCGCCCCCUACAGGAUUCUGAGGUGCAGAAACAGGCCUCUAAGAUCCUCAGAAAAAUGCUGGAGCAAGAGGAGGCUGAACUUCAGACACUGCAGGAGGAGCUGGCUCUUAGCCCCUCCCCCAUACUGGAGCAGCGAAUCCAAAGUGCGAAGAGGCGGGCUCUCCAGGUCAAGGGCAAGAUCCAGCAGGAUCUGGAUGGAGCUCGGUUUCUUCAGUCUGGAGCCAACAAUAUGAAAGCAGAAGAGGGUGGCCCUUUAACUGAGUCAACGGAAGGAGACUCUGAGGCACAGAAGCCCCUGAUAAUUGGGCCAGAGGAGGAUGAUGAUGAUGAAGAUGCUUGUCCUAUGAAUGAAAUGGACAGCCUGUGUCAGGACAUAGAGAUGCUGAAGUCUCGGCCGGCGCACAUGACCGUCUUCAUGAGAUACAUCUUCAGCCAACACCUGGACCCUGCUCCCCUGCUCUUCUUCCUGUCAGUGGAGGCAUACCUAGGCUCUGUCCCCAAAGAUGCCCGUCUCCUAGCCCCUCAGAUCUGCACCCACUUCCUGGAUUCAGAUGCUCCUCUUAAAAUUCAAAUUCGAGAAGACGACAUGUCUGAUAUUGAGAGCCGUCUCCAGGCUCAGGAGGAUAUACGGGGCCCUCUCUCAGAGCUGCAGCAGCAAGUGCUUCCUGAUAUUCAAGAACAGAUCCAGGACUACAGGAGUAAGCGGUUGCUGGGUUUGGGGGCUCUGUUUGGCGAAGGGGAUUUGCAGCAUUUGGAUGGAGAUCCAGGGAAGGAACGGCAGGUUGUGGAUCAGCAGGUCACUGCCUUGUGGGAGAUACUGGUGAAACAUGAGCAGGAGCGCAGCUCUGCCCUGGCGUGGGCGGUGGUUCUGUAUCUGCGCCACGCUGGGAUCCGGCUGCGUGAGGCCCGGCCCUGGCUCCCCUUCCUCCCCAGAGCCAAGAAGCUCAGCGGCACAAAGAGAGACGCGGAGGACAGAAAGAGGAUCCCCAUUCUCAAAUACAUCAGCAACAAACCCAGGGGAAACCAGCCUACCUCCUUUGUUCCGCUGUCUCCCACUCCAGUCCCCGGCAGUGUGCGGAACAUGAUCCAGCAGUUUGAGAGCCAGCAGCCCGACCCUGCAGGGGGAGAAGAGGCGGGGCCCGAGAGCCCAGGAGAGAGACUCUCCAGCAGCCUGGGAGAGCAGAGUGGGGCUGAGAGUCCUGCUGUGUCGAUGCGACUGGGCUGCAGUGAUUCGCUGAAGGCCCAGGGGGAGGGGCGUCGUCGUGGUGCUGGCGGGGAGGCGGGCCCUCGUUCCCAUAGUGAUGUGGACAUGGAGGACUGUGGAGCAGAGCUUCUCCUUCAUCACAGCAUCUCCUCUUCUGCCUCCAGCCACUCUGCAAGGAGUGUGGAGUCUGUUGGGGUGGGUGCUCUGGAUGAGGACGGCGGGGAGCUGCAGGUGUGGCAGGAAAUGGUGGAUCCGCAAACCGUGGCGGCGCUGGGUCCGCGCGAGGUCGACCGGCAGGCUGUCAUCUACGAGCUGUACACCACGGAGGUGUCUCACCUGCGCACGCUCAGGCUGUUGGAGCAGCUCUUCCUGCAGAGCCUCAGAGCUGUGCUGAGCGCAGAGCAGCUGGCCUGCAUCUUCCCCAACCUUUCCCAGGUGUACAGCCUGCAUGCCAGUCUGUGUGACUCUAUGAAGAAGCUCAGGGAGUCUCCUGUUGUUCAGGGUAUCGGUGACAUCAUGCUGGAGAGGUUUGAGGGGGUGUCAGGAGCAGAGUUUCAGGAGCAGGUUUCCCUCCUGUGCAGUCGGCAGUCUCAGGCUCUGGAGAUUAUUAAGGACAAGCAGCGCAGAGACCCUCAAUUCGCCAACAUUAUACAGGAGUGUGAAGCUAGCCCGCACUGUCGCAGGCUGCAGUUGAAGGACCUGCUCGUGUCAGAGAUGCAGAGACUCACUAAAUACCCCCUGCUCCUGGACAACAUCCUGAAACACACUGACCGCCUCUCUCCAGAUCUGCUUCCCCUUCAGAAGGCACAGACUUGUUGCCGCAGAAUCCUGCAAGCCGUAAACGAGGUUGUCAGGGAGACGGAACACGAGCAGCGCCUUGUCCAAUACCAGCGCCGGCUGGACCUCACACCCCUGGAGAGGCAGGCCAAUCCUGUCGCGGCUCAGUUUAAGAAUCUGGACCUGACCACAAAGAGAAUGAUCCAUGAAGGGCCACUGACAUGGAGAGUCAGCAAGGAGAAGGUCAUCGAGGUGCAGGCGCUGCUGCUGUCGGACCUGCUGGUUCUGUUGCAGAGGGGUCCGGAGGAGCGGCUGGUUCUGCGCUGUCCGUCUCGUCUGGGGGCUGGGGCCAGCGGGGAGCUGAAGACCAGCUGCUGUCCGCUGGUGCGCCUGCAGUCCCUGCUGGUGCGCGCUGUGGCCACAGAUAGUAAGGCUCUGUACCUGAUCAGCACUUCAGAGGAACAGAUCUACGAGCUGGUGGCCAGGACAUCGUCUGAAAAAAACACUUGGAAAGACUUUUUGGAAAAGUCCAUCUCCGUGGCCUCUGCAUCUGCACCCAUCUUAGAGCCUGCCAGCGCCUCUGCUUUGAAGUCUGGAAUCUACCAAUCAGAACAUUCAUUUUCUGAGGGAUCUAUAUGUAUAGAGACGGAUGCAGCUAAGGAUCGGGUGUCCAUGGUUACCACUCCAGCUGACCAAUCCCAGGCAUCCCUGGUGGGAAAGAGGCAGGAGUUUAAUGUGGGCCGGGUUGCAGAUGCAGCCCUGCAGGAUGUGGAAACUCUUCGGCAGCUCAUCGUCAGAGACCUGGAGGAUGAUGUCAGAGACCUGGAGGAUGAUGGGUGGACCCAUGAUUGUAACGGUGCGACCAAUGAGAGGAGUCUGUUUACGCACGGCCCUGAUGAGCCGGAGUCCGGGGCUCUGGUGAGGGAAGGAAACACCUUCUACCUGAUGCUGUCACAGGAACAGGAAGUUGGUGAGACCCAAACAGAACAGGAAGUGGGCAAGACCCAGUCAGAGGAGGCGAGCUCAUCACACCCCUCCCUGGGGGAACACCAGGACACACCCCCUCAUCCUGCUGACCAGUCACAAGAUGAGCAGGAGAGGCAGGCUGUCACACAGAGCCAAUCAGAGCUGGUGGCACACACACAGAACCAAUCAGAGCUGGUGACACACAGCCCUGUGAUCAGCAGUGUUGGGGAGAUAUUCAGCACCAUCGAGCAGCUGAUGGACAAACUGCAGCAGCUACGGGACAUAGAAGUUGCCCAUUAUCAGCUUCUACUAACACUGACAGAUCAACCUGUCAAUCAAAUGUCAGGUGACAGUUUCCAGACCACGCCUACUGAUGCGAGAGCAAUUGAGCAUUGUGGAAAUGAUGCCAGCCCAACUCUGCAAGAGAUCCAAUCCACUGGAUUUUGAGUGACUUGCCAAGACACUUCACACACAAACACACACACACACCCACGCACAUACACGCAGACAAUCACAUACACACUUGCAUGCACACACCCACACACACAUACACUUAUACACACAUGCACAACACAUGCAUGCACACACGCACACUCACUUACACACACACACUCACUCACAAGCACGCACACACUCACAAGCAGGCACUCACACACACUCACACACACACACACACACACGCACACGCACACGCACACGCACACAUACUCACACACUCACACACACACACACACACACACACACACACACACACACACACACACACUCACACACACAUACACACACACACUCACACACACACAUGAUGCGGUGAGAAAGGGCCACAGUAGGCUGGCUGUAAGGGAUGUGUCUGAUACCCACAAUGCCUCUGGCCUGGACUCCUGAGCUGUGCUCUGGACACUGGAGCAGAAGGGAUGGAUGGAGGACAGGAUGGAGGACAGGAUGCACACUGAAGGAGAGGGGGAAAGAGGAGCUGAUAGGCCUGUGGGAGUGACCCUUAUGGAGCUGCUCUGAAAUGUACUGUAUUAUCAUGGUCAUGCAUGAGCAAACGACAACAAUAAUAAUUUAUUUAUAUAGUGUUGAGUAUUGCUAUACGUGCAGUUGGUCUGUUCCUGUAGAAAUCUGUAAAUGUGCUAAAUACUUUUUUGAAAUUCACCAAGUGAAUGAGCGCACUGGAUCCAGCUCUACCUUCAGAAGGUGCGCGGAUCACUGCACUCAACCAGCAGAAGACAAAAGAGGAUACAGGUGUGUUCAGCGGUUAUAGUUCCAACUGCCUAACUUCUCUCUCGUUUUUACAAUUUUCCCGCACGUGUAUUUCAAAUACGCAUGAUACCUCAUGUAAUAAGACAGCUUUGGAGUUGCUGUAAGGUGUAUUUUUUCACUUCGAAUGAGGUAGACCACUGACUCCUAUAGGCUUCAAGUCUUUAUGCUAAGCUAAGACAUUAUGCUAACAUGGAAAUUGAGCCAGUGAAUGUACAAAAAUAACCCUAACCCACCCCUCGCUCCUCUCUAUCCCCCCUCUCUCUCCUCUCUAUCCCCCUCUUUCCUCUCUAUCCACUCCUCUCUCCGUCUCUCUAUCCCCUGCUCUCUUCCUUCAUCCCCCGCUCUCUUUCUGUCUGCAGACUGGGAGGACUCCUCUCUUUGUCUCUCAGAGUUUUAUAAUAUAAUGCAAUCCUUUGUUUUAUGGUCUCUGAAAUUUAUGUAACUUUAAUUUUUCCUCAUUUUGUUUUAUUGUUGAUAUGAAUAAUUAUGUAAAUUAUUGAGGCUUUUAGCUGCACAGAGGGAUGAUGAACUAACAUCAGAUAUUAAAAUAAAAAGGAUGAAAUGAU